AUGCACCACCCCAACUCAUCAAACAGUUCGCUCAGUGCUCCAGUCUCAACUGAAAAUCUGAUUGCCAGUACUGUACUGUCAGGUUGCUUUAUACUGGGAGUCCCUGCUAACAUAGCAGUAAUAGUACGUCUUGCUGACUGGUUAAAGGGAGGCAGUUUCACUCCGAGACUGAUGUUAAGCCUGGCCAUAUCAGAUCUGCUCACUUUGCUUUUUCUGCCGGUUUGGAUUUGGACUCUUCUGCAUGGCUGGGUCUUUGGCUUGGUCCUGUGCAAACUUCUCUCCUAUUUGGUGUACUUGAGUAUCUACUGCAGCAUACUAUGUGUGCUGCUGUUUAGUGUCCAGCGAUACUUGCAAGUGCUACAUCCUGAGAGAUGGAAUAAGCUUGGCAGAAAAGGAAAGAAGGUCCUCCUGAGUGGGAUGUGGAUACUAAGUGGAGUAUUAUCUUGCUAUGCUCCUGUACAGCGCAUUGAAAGCCAAGACAGAGAAGGACGGCUUCAGUGUAAGCUACGCUACAGAAAUGAUGUGGAAAGAGUGGCUACUUUAAUCUGGGAGAUUACAGUUUUUACACUUCUGUUCUGCACAGUGACUUAUUUCUACUUUCAUCUUUCCCGGGGAGUUAACCACUCAGCUUUUUUUAGCACUAACUCAUUGACGAAAGUGGUGACCAAACUUGUUGCAUGUUUCAUGAUUUUUUUGAUCCCAUUACAAAUCUCCAAGAUUGUGAUCAUCACUGUUGCAUUGCUAGGGAAAAAGAGGCUGUUAAAAUCUGCAGAAUCUGGUGACAAUAUUACUACAGCUUUGAUUUUCAUUAAUAGUUGUGUGAACCCCUUUCUGUAUGCCUUCUCUGCUCGUGCUCUACAGCAGCAAACAGCUGGAAUAGAAAAUGCUUAG